GCACCCCAGUGACCGCCUUCAGCCUAAUGGGGCUCACCAACGACCCCGGGGCUCAGGCUGCCCUCUUCCUGCUGUUUCUGCUUAUCUAUAUUGCCACCAUCCUGGCGAACCUGGGGAUGCUCGCGUUAAUCAUGGCCAGCCCGCGGCUCCACACCCCCAUGUAUUAUUUCCUGGGCAAUCUGGCUUUCGUAGACCUCUGUUCUUCCACUGCUAUCACCCCCAAGAUGCUGGCUGACUUUCUGUGGGAGAAGUGCAUUACUUACGCUGGGUGUGUAGCUCAGUUGUUCAUUUUUGACCUUCUGGGGGUGACUGAGGGCUUCCUGCUGGCCAUGAUGGCGUACGACCGCUACGUGGCCAUCUGCCAUCCCCUGCUGUAUUUGGUCACCAUGUCCCCAAAGUGCUGUUUCCAGCUGAUGACCUGCUCGUACCUCGUGGGGCUGACGAAUGGCAUGGGGCAGACCAUCGGCAUGUUGCGUUUAUCCUUCUGCAGCUCCCGCGUCAUCGACCACUUCUUCUGUGACAUUUCCCCUCUGUUAUCGCUCUCAACCUCUGACACCACCCUCAACCAAAUUAUGCUAAGGACUUUAGCAUCUCUAUUCGGCAUCUCCAGCGGCCUCGUUGUGCUGCUCUCCUACAUCGCCAUCAUCUCCACCAUCCUGAGCAUCUGCUCGGCCGAAGGCAAGUGCAAAGCCUUCUCCACCUGCGCCUCCCACCUGACCGUAGUGAGCAUCUUCUACGGGACAUCAAUCUUUAUGUACCUAAAGGCCAGCUCCAGGGAUGAUAAGCGGGCAGCAGUGCUCUACACCGUGGUGACCCCCAUGCUGAACCCCCUGAUCUACAGCCUGAGGAACCAGGAGGUGAAGGAGGCUUUGAGGAGACUCACAAAAAUGAAAAGAUCUUGUAUGUUGUACAUGUAUGGCUAAGCAGAAUAAAGGUGUGAGUGAUGUGCUCA